AUGAAGACGUCUAUUGAGCUUUUCGAUGCGAUAUGUGUUAAAUGUAAUAUGGAAAAACGGGGAUGAGGGUUGUUCGUGCUGAGUGCUGACGUAAGUCGAGCCUCGCGCAAGUUAGGUUUGCAAGCUCCAAUCGCUCCGCAGCCGCACUUGCUCCAAGACUCCAAUACGAGCCGAGUAGUCGCCGUGAAUGCCUGUGCCGUACGGCGCUGUUACCGACACGUUUACUAAUUCGCAUCUCGCGCACCAAUACGCGGAAACUAUCACUUUCGCUAGUUAAAUUCUUGUUUGAACCAUGAUGACGCAGUGAAAUUUAUCUUGUGCAUUUCCCUGACAUCUCUACCACGGCGGCAUUGCAAGAGAAAAACAUGCCUCAGUGGGCAAGCGCUGAAGGCGGUGGUUCAGAAGCGGCAUCUCCCGAUCAAAUGAUGCUGUGCUAUGAUAACGGCGGCUCCGAGUACUAUGAUAGUAAACAAAAGGAGGCGGAUAUAAAAAUAGAGCAAGCUGGUGAUUUCUACGAUAGUGGCAGUGGUAGUGAUGAACAAGUUCCUCGUCGGGUAUGCAGGCCUCGACGGACACCAGCGAGCUCUUCCUCUUCGGGAACAACAAGUGGUUCCAGCGGACCCGGUCGUCGACGCCGCUGCGGUAUAUCCGCUCGGGAACGUAAUUUGCGUAGAUUAGAAAGCAAUGAACGGGAACGAAUGCGGAUGCAUUCGCUAAAUCGUGCGUUUGAGGAUCUUCGUCGUGUUAUUCCUCAUGUUAAAAAGGACAACCGGAGUCUGUCGAAGAUAGAAACAUUAACCCUUGCCAAAAAUUAUGUGAAAGCCCUGACAAAUGCCAUAUGCACCAUGAGGGGUGAAGUUCCUCGUUAUUUAUUUAACAGUGAUGAUGAGAAUGUAGAGCCGGUUUUCGUUCUAAGUCGGGAGCAAGAACAUAACAACAACUUGCCAAACGACCAUGACAGGGAAGACCCCUCGCCGGUGCCAAGUGGGUGCCUUUGACGACGCAAUGAUUCCUAAGCUGCGGGCCCACAAACUAUAUCAGCAUGCAUGGACAGGAACUCGAAUACACGAGGGCAGUUCAGCAAAGAAAAAUAUAUAGAGAUAACGUUAAAUAAUGUUAAUUCUAAAUAUUUUUCCUUUCAUGCUCCUAAAGUCAAUCCUACGACUACCUGGCAAUGUAUGGACAUCGAGACAGAACAAACAUGCUAUAUUACCUAGUCGUAGAUUAACUUGCAUGAAAAGAUUAUUUAUGACAUUACAAUUAAUGACGCUAUUUAAAAAAGAAAAAAAAAAGAAAAAGGAAAGUAAUUGGUUACUAUUGUACCUGCAAUACCAAAAGUGAAUUAAAGAUAAAAAAACAACUUAAGGUUUCGUAGUUUAAUUUAAAAAAUAAAGAUAAUAGCAUAUUCAAAUGGUAAUAAAUAGCAAAGUUAUCGUUUUUGUACGUAAAUUACAAACACAACAAUAUAAUAAAACUGCGAAACCAACGUAAAUGAAAACUAAAUAUAUAUAUUUAUUAUACAAAAUGAAUGAUAACCUUUAUUUAAUGUUUUAAAUUCAAUUUCAUUUAUAUAUUUUUUGUGUUGAUUAUAAUACUAUUUCGUUUUGAAAAUAUUAUAUUUAUGUUAUUUUCCAAUAUUUCUCAGUCUACAAAGCCUUUUCAUUGAAUUGUCUCUGUACUGAUUACCUUUAACACUCUAAAAUAAAAUUAUUCAAAGCUACAAAGAUCUCUCUCUCGCGAGGUGCCAAUUAUAUGUUUUAAGUGAGACUAUAUUUUAGUAAAUUUAUAUUUCAGUACAGUUAUUACAGGUGUAUUGUCAAUUCAUUUUAUUAUAAAUUUAAAAAAGUACGACUAAUGACUAUGUUCAACAAUAUAUACUUGUUAUAAAAUGAUGAUAAAGGAUAAAUUGAAAAUUAUAUUAAAAAUAUAAAGGCUCUAUUUAUAAAAAACAUAUUUAUUAUUAAAGUUAUUGACAUCAAGAUUUAGUGUGAUGGUACCUAGGUACUUAUUUAAUUUCAAUUAAAGUAAUCUCAAUUUAUAGUUACCGAUUGUACAGUAAGUUCAAAUAUCUAAAGUAAAUGCAAGCAAUUUGCGAUUCGCAUUUUGUUUAAUCAUAUUAUUUAUAAUGUAAUUAAUAUUAAUAUACUGUUUGUGAUUUAGAUUAGUAUUAAGAUCUUGAAUAUAUUUCAAGAUCUUAUUAUACAAAUUUAAGGAACGACGUGGCAAAAAUACUGAAAAUAUUUACUAUGAUAAUAAAAUUGAUAUGCAAAAUGUU